GGGAAGACUCAAGCCAAGCAGGAAUUGAUAACAUCCAUUGCCCUAAGGCUAGAACAUUCUGAACCAUUAGAUCAGAUUGACCCUGUGAAGCUUUUUUUGUGAGUUCACCAGCUUCCUCUUGGUCCACCAGCCCCACCACGCUCAGAGAAGAUGGAGCGAUCCACACAAGAGCUGUUCCUUAACUUCAUGAUCGUGCUGAUCACUGUGAUGUUGAUGUGGCUGCUUGUCAAGUCUUACAUAGAGUAAAUGGACUACAGGAUGUUUCUUGGAUGCACCUAAGUCUACAUUUCCAGCCCCUUCAGUGCCGAAGAGUGUUUUUUCACCGGUCUUCCUCUGCACCGAAAGGGCUGUGUACAUAACAUCUGUACAUACAGUAUCCUCAUCAAAUGCGACCUUAAUUACUGGAACCAAAGAGAGAUCUACCCUUGUGCACAGCAUUUUGCUUCCAGAAGAUAAACACUGUCCAUAACUCUGUCAACUGAUGC